UCUCUUUCACACGAAGGGCACUGCGACGCCAGACGGUGCGUGCUUACGUGAUCCGCUCGGAACCUGUAAUGGCCGCGCCCGUUUCAGCAGCGGCGCGGCCCGCCGCUAUCGCGUCGUAACAACAAACCGCUAAACACCGGUUAAUCCCCGGCCACCCGGGUGGUGUGACGGCGCGGCGGACUUCCGUCAACUCGAUCUUGGCACAGGCACGAGCCCUCCGCGCGAAAUAAGCGGUAAGCUCGCUCGCUAGCCAGCAUGGAGCCGUCCACGACGUCGAUCUCCACCACAACAUCGGCACCCGGCGGCGGCGACGACGGGAACGUCGUGUACGACGAGCUGCUGCCGGUGCUGAUCCAGUGCUUCGCGAUAAUCCUGCUCGGAUACUUCUCCGGACGCACGGGCCUCAUCGGCCCUGCCGAGACGCGCAGCCUGAACGUGUUCGUCUCCUACUUCGCCCUGCCGGCAGCGGCGUUCAAGUCUCUCGCCGCGAUCGCGCUCGGCGAGGUCAACUGGAGGUUCCUGGCCGCCGUGGCGCUCGGCAAGUGCGUCAUCUUCGCCGUGGUCGCCGCGGUCACGCUCGCGCUCGUGCGCCGGCCGGCGAGCUUCGGCAAGGCCGGCCUGUACGCGAUCGCUGCGUCGCAGAGCAACGACUUCGGCCUCGGCUACCCGCUCAUCGUGCAUCUCUACGACAAGAUGCAGCCGACGUUCAGCCACUACCUCUACUUGGUCGCCCCCAUACAGCUGGCGUUUCUCAACCCUAUCGCUUUUGUCAUGAUGGAAUACGGCCGCACGCACGAAGAUAACGGUGAGACUGUGGCGGGAACGCGACCCGCGACGCCCAAGCGCGGACGCUUUCUGUCGACGCUGACGGGCAUAAUCAAAAACCCCGUGGUUGUGGCCCCGGCUCUGGGCAUCGUCUGGAACGUCAGCACGUCGGGCGCUGCGCUACCGUCGGUGAUCCAGGGAAUCCUCGACUCCUUCGGGGACGCAUUCAUCGCCACGGCGCUCUACCUGCUGGGCCUCAGCAUGGUCGGCAAGGUGGGCAGCAUGGGAAAGUACGCCGCGCUGACGCCCGUCUUGCUCGUCACCGCCAAGAUCGUCGCGUGCCCGCUCGUAACCCGCGAGCUGGUCAACUUGCUCGCCGUCGGCAACAACGAGCGCGACCAGAAGGACUUCGGCAACUUCGGCUUCCUCUACGGGAUGCUUCCCAUGGCGCCCAGCGUGUUCAUAUUCGCGACCCAGUACGAGCUGCCGACGGCCGCCGUCUCGACGGCCAUGGUCGCCGGUACCUUCCUCUCGGCGCCGUUCAUCUUCAUCACGGCCACCAUGAGUCAAAUAAAAAAGCAUUCUCUCAAGGACUUUGCCGCGACGAUGGGCAAGACCAUGGUCACCUCCAGUGCUGUCAGCGCCAUCUGCUGCCUGUGGCUUUUGGUCGUGCUCUUCCGCAGAAGGCAUAGAGUGACGCACGGGACCACUAUCUACUUGGUGGUCUGCCAGCUGGCGACAGCCUUGGGUGGCAUCCUCUGGGCGGCUACGAGCAUCGACGACCCUCUGUCACCACUGGCGUACGCCCAGUCGGUUCUGUCCAUAGCUGGCAUCUUCGCGUCCCGCGUUUGGACUGCGAUUCUCGCGGGCCUGCUCGCCUUGCUGCACUGGCGCUCGCUUUGCUUCGUGCUCAGACUCAAGUGGCUCAUCGUAGUCGCCGGGUUCGGAUCUUCCGUCUUGGUGGCGCUCUCGCUGUGCCUGAGCAUUCCAAAGAGGGGAUCCAGGCUCGGCAGCACGGACCCAAACUUUCAGUUCGGAGACAUCCAGGCAGUUGUGGCCGUCACCGUUCUCCUGACCAGUCUCCUCUUCACGGUGGUGAGCCUCGUAUUCCAGCACAGGUUCCGCCUGCGGAUGAGGGACUACGUGCCCAUCGGAGGCAGCAGUGACGACGACGAACAAAAUGACGUGUUUCACUCUGAUGUCAACAGCCCUUUGAUUCAGCCGUCGUCAAGUUCUCAGACUCAGGCCUUGGGUUCUCAGACUCAGGCUUUGGGUGCACAGGAGGAGGCAAAGGGCAAGUCGGACGGGUGUACAGGAGACUGUGAGGACUGUGCCAAUUGCUCGGAUGAGGAAGAACACAGCGCUGUUCCGGAUCUCGAAGACCUCAUUAGCAGCCCGAAACCAAAGGUGAAAGCUCAGAGGACCAAGUUCUCAAAGUCGGGCACUCUUUCCAAGCUGUCAUCCAAAUCAGUGAACUCAAGCAGGUUCGAAUUCAACGUGUCACCCGCGCAACAGGCACCGAGCACUUCUUUUGACCAGCUUUGUGGGCCACAGUUCAACUGCGACAAGGAGCAAGUGAGGCACUGCAUGAGUCUCAUUGGCACAUACAACCGGCAGACUGCCAUUAGGGUACAAAACACAGACGAAGCGCUCGAUCUAGAUAGUGUGGUUCAAGCCGAUGACGACAUACACCAAGUCUUCAGACAUACCGUGCUUGUUCUCCUACUUAGCAUCUCCAUGGUCAUUGGACUCGCUGUCUCACUUUGGCAGCUUCUUCUCACGGAUGCCCCAACAGGAAUCUUGGUCGAGCUAGAGUUCGUAGACAUCAUACUAAACUACGGACAAGGAAUGCUGACGUUCCUCGUAUUCGGACUUGAUGCCAAAUGGCUCCUUCGAUGGCUGUCUGGCGCGUGGUACCUUGUUUCGUGCAGACAGCAAAGACGGAUGGACACAACCACACUUGUGGUUCCAAAGUUUGAAGACCUGUCUCCAGAGGCCCGUCAGAUCUGUACACAGUUCCAUGUGUACCACAGAGACUCCUGCAUUACAGACAUCUGCCAUUCGCGGCCUGGUCCUGAUGGCACGGAACUUCAUCUUGCCUUCGUGGGGAGAGAUCUCGUCGACUGGCUUCUAGCUGUUGGACUGUGUCAAGAUCGAGUGCAGGCCACCCGAUAUGGCAAGUGGCUUCUCGAAGGCAGGGUCAUAGCACAUGUAACUGGCCGACACCACUUUUGCGAUGAGCUCUACACUUACAUAUUCUUGCCUUCACAGGAGUUGGAUGUUUCUUCGUGAGCAUGUGACCGGGACAUUGCUACUAGGUAUGUGAUGAAAAUGUGUGUUUGCAUGAAACAGUUCAAACAAGCGAAAG